AUGUGUUAUGCUUCACAGGAGUUGGCAGGGCAAGUGUGUGGCAGGUCACAGGAAUUCCUAGCUGGUGACUUUCCCCAUUCGGUUUUAGAAUCCUACAUGGCUGCUGAUGGGAAUGCUCUUGUUCCCUUGCGUCAGAAGACCAAACAGAAAAGUCAAGGGAUUGUUGUUAUGAGUCGACGGAGGAUAUCGUGCAAGGACCUGGGACUAGUUGAUUACCAGGGGUGGCUCUACAAGAAAAAGGAAAAAGGACCUUUCAUUGGCAACAAAUGGAAAAAAUUCUGGUUCGUGCUGAAGGGGUCAUCGUUAUACUGGUACAGCAGCCAAUUGGCAGAGAAAGCUGAAGGAUUCAUCAACCUGCCAGACUUCACUGUGGACCGAGCGAGUGAAUGCAAGAAAAAGUAUGCUAUUAAGGUCAACCACCCACAGAUCAAGACAUUUUAUUUUGCAGCAGAGAAUGUGGAGGAAAUGAAUAGGUGGCUAAAUAAACUGGGGCUAGCUGUAAUUCCUCAGGCAUCCAAUGGAAAGAAUGAAGAAGAAUGCUAUAGUGAGAGUGAACAUGAAGAUCCAGAAAUAGUAGGAGAGACUCCACCCCCUCCCUACACAGAACAGCCACCUCCUCCUCAUUUGGCCCAACAGCAGUCCUUAUUGAUCUCGCCACUGUCAAGUGAAGCAUCCUGUUCUCUCUCCUCCCUGGAAAGCACCAUGAAGUCACAAGAUUCCUCAUCUUCCUUGCUAGCCAAAAUGGCUCUUCCAGACAGACAAUCUUGGCUUGACAUAGUUAACACGGAAGAGGUUGAUCAGCCUUUAUCCUUCUGUGUCCAGAUUCAUGCUGAUGAUCAUCCAAUGGCAGACUGUAGUGAAAUGGCAGAAAGUUGGCUUCUCAAAUCUAAUAAUAGAUCUCAGAACUCUUUAUUACGUGAAAACACAACUUCAUCAGACAGCAGCAGGGAUCACCUAACUGUGCCAGAAGAUUUGAUAGGAACAAAGACACUGUCCAAAGAACAGGCAAAAUGCUCUGAAGAUGAAAUGGAGCGACUUUACAAGUCAUUAGAACAAGCAAGUUUGUCUCCCAUCGGGGACCGUCGACCUUCAACCAAAAAAGAGCUCAGAAAGUCCUUCGCCAAACGGAGCAAAAACCCCUCCAUGAAUGAGAAACUCCACCAAAUCCGAAUGCUGAACAGCACAUUAAAGUGUAAAGAGCAUGACCUGGCCAUGAUUAACCAAUUGCUGGAGGAUCCUGAGCUGACAGCAAGGAAGUAUAGAGAAUGGAAGAAUAUAAAUACAAUGUUGAUCCAGGAGAUCUAUCAGCAGCAGGAUGCCCUGGCUGUGCCAGAAGGGAAUAGCAAGGAGCCAUAGAUGAAUCCACCACCUUUCUUUAAUUGAAAACGCUAUCUGAGGACAGUGGAACCUGCAGUACAUGACAGGAUUCCUCCCUGUCCCUCUUUACCUACAGAUGCUUUAAGCUACUACAGUUUCAGGUUUUGUUUUUUCCAAGUGCUUAUCUCUUCCCUUUUAAAAGGAAAACAACCCAUUCACCAAAGCAUUAUUUCCUCUCUCCAAACUCAUUUCAUGCCAAUAAAAUGGAACCCAAAAAUUAAAAAAAUAUGCCUUCUCUGGGUACAUGUCUGAGGCAAACAUUUUCUGAAGCAGAGAGGAAAUGGAUUGACAUCCAAGAAUGGCUGAUAUUUCAUCAGAAGUAAACCGAGCACACACAGACCUGAAAGUCACAGAGGAAUGUACAUAUUGUAGAUACUAGACCUUCAGGGUCAUUUUAUUCAUGUAACCUAUUGAUGAAAGGAACUUCUUAAAAGCUAUGAAAAUGCUAACAAGAUACAAUCCUCUCUCCUACCACUUGUCUCUUCAAGGUAACUACAAAUAAGAACUUUUAUCUGUACUUACACUUGUUUUGACUGCAUUACCAUUUAAAUGGUGGCAACUCGGAUAAUUAUUAUGCAUAAAUCUUAAUUUUAAAUAAUUUUCAAGGCACCCAGUCAAUGGACACCAUAAACAUUUCCUAAUUGUGUAUGGACAAGAUCAAGGUGCUGUUUUCCUACAUCAUCUGGAGAGGGUCCCUUAAUGUGUGUUGAUGACAAAUAAAUUUGUUCUGCAAUGCGGAAACUCUGGGUAUGUCUACACUACGAGAUUAUUCCGAUUUUACAGAAACCAGUUUUGUAAAACAGAUUGUAUAAAGUCGAGUGCACACGGCCACACUAAGCACAUUAAUUCGGCAGUGUGCGUCCAUGUACCGAGGCUAGCUUCGAGUUCUGGAGCGUUGCACUGUGGGUAGCUAUCCCGUAGCUAUCCCAUAGUUCCCGCAGUCUCCCCCGCUCAUUGGAAUUCUGGGUUGAGAUCCCAAUGCAAAAACAGUGUCGCGGGUGAUUCUGGGUAAAUGUCGUCAGUCAUUCCUUCCUCCGUGAAAGCAACGGCAGACAAUCAUUUCGUGCCUUUUCUCCCCAGAUUGCCCUGGCAGAUGCCAUAGCAUGGCAGCCAUGGAGCCCAUUUUGUCUUGUCACCGUCACCGUAUAUUUACUGGAUACUGCUGACAGAGCCGGUAUUGCAGUGCUACACAGCAGCAUUCAUUUGCCUUUGCAAGGUAGCAGAGACGGUUACCAUCCCUAUUGCACCAUCUGCCAUUGUAAAUUGACGAUGAGAUGACGGUUAUCAGUUGUUUUGUACCGUCUGCUGCUGUAAUGGAUGCUCCUGACUGGCCUUGCUGAGGUCGGCCGGGGGCGCAUGGACAAAAAUGAGAAUGACUUCCUGGGUCAUUUCCUUUGUUUUGUCUAAAAAUAGAGUCAGUCCUGCCUAGAAUAUGGGGCAAGUGUACUAGAGAACCAGAGACCACAGCUGCUCUGUGUCAGAGUCCCAGAGAUCCCGCAGAAAUGAUGAGCUGCAUGACAUUCUAGGGGGUGCCCCUGCAACAACCCCACCUGUUGCUUCCCUCCUCCCCCAUUUGCUACCGUGACAGUGUCCCCUCCAUUUGUGUGAUGAAGUAAUAAAGAAUGCAGGAAUAAGAAACACUGACUUUUUAGUGAGAUAAAAUGAGGAGGAGGAAGCCUCCCGCUGCUAUGAUAGUCCAGGCAGUACAGAAUCUUUUCUUUAGACAUGAAAGGGGGGGCGCUCAUAGAGUUCAGCCUCCAGUUGCUAUGAUGAGGACGGUUACCAGCCGUUCUGUACCAUAUGCCGGGAAUGACCAGGAGUCAUUCCUAUUUUUACCCAGGUGCCACUGGCCGACCUCACCAAGACCAGCCAGGAGCACUCACAGGAUGAUGAUUAUGAUGGAUAGCGGUCAUAUUGUCCCAUAUGCCACUGGGAAGGGAAUGCUGAUGUUCAGCGCUGCAGCACCCUGUCUAUCAGCAGCAUGCAGUAGACAUAAGGUGACAUUGAUAAAAGGCAAGAAAUGUUUUUUCCCUUUUCUUUCACAGUGGGGGGAAGGGUGUAAAUUGACAACAUAUACCCUGAAACACCCAGGAAAAUGUUUUUGACUCUUCAGGCAUUGGGAGCUCAGUCAAGAAUGCAAAUGCUUUUCAGAGACUGAGGGGACUGUGGGAUAGUGGGAGUCCUCAGUACCCCCUCCCUCCCUCCCUCCAUGAGCAUCCAUUUGAUUCUUUGGCUUUCCAUUAUGCUUGUCACAUAGCACGGUGCUGUGGACUCUGUAUCAUAGCCUGGAGAUUUUUU